CACCUCGGGGAGGUGUUGAAGAUCAUUGCUCAACCGAGAAGUACAACCGUUAUCGUCAUCGAUUCAAAUUGAGAUGGUAGGAGUCUGCAGUACAAGUAGUGGGGACGCCAAGCAGAUGGUCGGAUCAGAACAGAUGGAGAAGUCUAAGGUGGAGAUCAGGCCGCUGUCCUCAGGAGGCUAUGUCGCGCCCAGCGUCGUCCCUGGAAAGGGUCGCCAAGCUCUUGCAGCUGCAAUAGUCUGUAUAUUGGCAUUCAUUUUCGGAGCAUCCGUCGGUUGGCCGUCGCCUGUUCAGCCUCUGCUGCAGAGCGAUAGAAGCCCCGUCGGCCAGCUCUCCGAUGGAGACGUGUCCUGGCUGGCAUCCUUGACCUUCCUCGGCGGAAUCACAGGGUCCUUCAUAUGGAGCAGGAUAGCAGACAGAUUCGGCCGCAAGUUCUGCGGUUAUUCAGUAUCAGUGCCUUUCCUCAUCGGUUGGGGACUGAUAUCCUUCUGCCACGAUCGCUACCUCAUGUUGAUCGCCAGGUUCAUCAACGGAAUUGGAGGAUCAGGAGCCCUUAUCCUCUCACCGACCUACAUCAGCGAGGUAGCAACGGACAGCAUCCGGGGAGCCCUUGGAUCGUUUGUCAUACUUUACAUGAACGCCGGCAUCGUCUUCGCUUACAGUCUUGGAGCUGUAGUUGAUUACGAUACUUUAAAUUACGCCUGUUUAUCAAUUCCGAUACUGUUUAUCUUCUUGUUCUUUUGGAUGCCAGAAUCUCCCGAAUACUUGUGGUCUAAGGGAAAAAAGGAGAAAGCUUUUAACUCGCUGCUUUGGCUUCGCAGUGGUGACAUCAAGUUCGUUCAAGAAGAGAUCUUCAUUUACAACACCAAGUGCCAGGAGGGAAGCGUCAGUUACUCAGCCCUGGUGUGUAGCAGGGGCAGGAGGAUGGGCAUGCUGAUCGGCUUGGGACUGUUCACCUGGCAGCAGUUCUGCGGGAUCCUGGCUAUCCUCUCUUAUACCUCCUUCAUCUUCGAGAAAGCCGGCAGUUCCAUUCCACCAGAGAGGGCGACCAUCAUCGUCGGUCUCUUCCAGCUCUUCGCCUCCUUUGUCAGUUCUGUCAUUGUGGACCGCUCUGGAAGGAAGAUACUCUUGCUGAUAUCGUAUAUUUUCAUGGGCUUGUCGUUGACUUCCAUUGGCGCCUACUUCUACCUGGACAGCCUGGGCUUCGACGUCUCCAACCUCGGAUGGGUCCCAGUGGUAUCCCUAUCAGUCCACGUGCUCACUUACGCUCUGGGGGCGGGACCUGUCCCAUAUGUGGUGAUUUCUGAGACCCUGCCAAUUGAUAUCAGAGGCCUGGCGACUUCGACAAUCGUUCUCUGGGGAACAUCGCUAGCGUUCGUGAGUGUCAAGAUCUUCCCGAUCCUCAUUGCCUCAGUGGGCACUGCUGGGUGUUUUUGGUUCUUCUCAGUAUUUUGUUUCGCAGGUUUCCUAUUCACUUGGUCUCUGGUCCCAGAAACUAAAGGCAUCCCUUUGCAGGAAAUACUUCAACGGCUAAACGGUUGCCGUGGAAUAGAUUUGGUGUAACUUCCUCACUUCGACUAUGAUAAAGUAUUUAUUGUACAUAGUUGUGAUAAAAUACUCGUUAUUUGUGAUAUAGUAUAUAGUUAGUCAGCUUGUACCUGUUAGUUAUUUAGUUGAUGAUGAUAGUAUUUUAUUAACUCACUAUUAAUGUGUUACAGAUGAAAUUACUCGCUUUUAAAACUAUUAUAUUAUUGUAUUAUGUUAUUUGAAAGCUUGAAAGUUAUUAAUUUUAAUAUAUAAGGAGGAAAGCUUCCUAUGAGAAUGUUUUUUUUUAAUAACUAGAGUAGAUAUUUUUUAUAGUGUGUAAAUAAUGUGUAUCUUAUAUAAUAAUGUAAAAUAUGUUAAAUUAUUGUAAAUAUAUUUUAUAUCGAAAAUAAAAUGAUUUAUUUAUUUA